GGAAAAAUAAGAUUUGUACUGCAUCUCUUAUACAAGAAAAACAAAGAAAGUCUACUUAAAGACAGGCAGAUCAACUAGCUAGUGCACACAUUUAACAUAGUUUGCUGGUUACAGUCGUUUUUUUGUAAAUUGUUUUAGGCUGCUUGUCACUAGAACCCAAUCUAUUAUCCUAAUUCUGCACUGUUUAGAUUAGAAAUGAUAUAAAUGUUGUACUUAUACACACACGGGGGUGCACAGGUUGCGUGCGCACCCUCUCCCCUUGGCCACCAAAAAGUGGUGUCAAAAUACUAUCGAUCCUUUUCCAUAUGAUACCAAUAACUAUGCAACCCCUCCUUAGCAAAUCCUGGGCAUGCACCUGUAGGUUUAGUCACUAUAAUUAUGUCUUUUCCUGUGCUUAGAACCUACCUGCUGAAAGAAAGUGGCCUGAACUUAAUCAGUGGGUUGUUUAACCUAUAAAGGAAGUACUUUCGGGAAUGGAGAAUGGAUAUCUGAUACACAUGCAUGAUCCUGUUGUUCAGUUCUGUGUUUCCUACAUAACUAUUAAUGUGGCAGAGGUUGGGCUGCAGCAAGUAGUUUCAUCUUGGAACCAACAUCCAAUUGAAGAAAGAAACAGCAAGAUCUUAGCUGUGGUAGCCCAAAGAACAAAUCAAGUCAAAAUACUUCACCCAAGUAUUAUACCAAGUGUAGAAGAGGCAAUUAGGAUGUACAGACAGGCUGGAGGCAGCAUCACAGAAGAUUGCUCAUUUGGUGUUGACCCUCUUUUAAACCACAAUGUGCAUUUGCAAAGGAGGAAUGCUCGAUUUUUCCAAAAUAACCCUAGCUUUCACUGUAUUUUCCAAAAUAUUGUUAAUGGUGAUGGUUCCCUAAUGGAAUCUGCCAUUCUCUCUUAUUUAGACCUGACCAAAACCUUGUCACCAUGACAUAUUAAUUUAGUGUUAGAAAUUUCAACAAAUUACUCAAGUGAUUGCUGUUAAAUAAUAUUUGAAACCAUCAAUGCACUGACAGUCUAUAAAUUUACACAUUUCUUUUACACAAGCACUAUUAUGCCCUAGUCCAGUUUAACUGUGUUCAUGUUUUAUUUAUGUAUCCCAUAACACACUUGGCAGCCACUGUUGUAAGAACAAUUAAUAUGUUGAAAUUGAUGCGGAGCUGUUUUUAACUCCAUGUGGGCAGUCAAAGAAAACACUAAAUUAUCUGUCCGUCAAGCACCAAACAUGAUUUACUACAUAUUUGGGCACAUCUCACUCCAUUGGCAAAUAUUUGCUAUCCCAAAAGGGCAUAUCUCCAGUAGACCACUCCCAUAGUUUGUGGAUCAUGAAAUUUGAAAUCUGGAACCCUCUAGAAUCACAGAUACACAUUUGGUAUAAUUAAAAUUUCCACUUUUUUUUGUUUUGCUGAUGCCUAUUUUUAUUAUGUACCAAUCAAUACAUAUUAUUAUAACUUUGGCGAGCAUUGUGGCGUAUUAUACGGGUUCUAAUGAACGUUUUGGCGGGCUCUAAUAUAUUUAAGCCCGCUGCUCUAAGCCAAUGAGAGGGCGAGGAAAUUGCAGGAAUUCCCGCAAUUCAUUCAAACCGCUCGUCGCAUCGCUUGCCGUGUUUGGUUGUGUUUUGACAACUACCAAAAAACAAACAGGAAAACAUGGCUGAACACGACUUUAAAAAAUGGAGCUUAAAAAAUGGAAGAAGAUUCUGUUCCC